CUUAAUCUGAAAUACCACCAUGAAGUGUCUGAUGUUGUUACCUUUUCUGGUCUGUUGUUGGACUGGGAGCUUUGGUAGCCUUUCAAUUCACAGUAAUAAUCUAGUGGAGUUGUUCUCCGAUUACCUGACCGACUUGGAAAACAGACAAAUGAACAUGGCUAUACACAACCGGAAACGUGACGUGGGGAGUGGGAAAACUGAACAAUUGAGAAUCUGUAGUGGAAGAAAGGACUGUGGUAGUGUGGUUCAGAAUUUUGGCUUUCUGUAUGAUGCUGAGAGCGCCAUUGAAAUCUGCAACAGUAGCUUCGUCACGAAAGCUGACGGAGUGAAGUGUUUCGACAAAUACCCAAGCUGUGGAUAUCUGCGAGAUAAAUUCAAUGUCUGCAAGAAAAAAGAGGUGGUCGAUAAGCUGGGAUGCGAUCUUACUUGCGGAAAAUGUAAACCAGAACCCAAAUUUGGAAGUCAGAAAUCAUAGAUACUAUGUAACAAAGCAUAUUUGUAUUAAAGUG